GUCGUAAUCUACAAUCUUAGAUUGUAUUGCACUAGCCUAAGAAGGGCUGCAACUCCUCAGCUGAAAAGAGACCAUCCCAUUUCUCCUCCUUAUGUCUCCUCUUUAUCCUUUAUUCGUUUGGAUUCUCAUUUCUAUAAAGUCCAAGACAUACAAAUAGAGAGAGUGAAGUUCUUGGGUUCUUUAGAGAGAGAAGAAGAAGAGUAAGAGAAGAAAAAGAUGGCUGAGAAAGAUGAUGAUUUAAGUUUGAGCUUGAGAUGCCCAGAUAACAAGAAUCUGUUUCCAUCCACUUCCAAUUUCCCCUCGAACCUCAUGAGGCCUGCUUUGCCUUUUAUGCAUUAUCAUGGGAACGAUCUGUUAAAAUCACCUGCUGGAAUCGAUGUGAACCAUCCGGUAACUGUAAUAGACUAUGAGGAAGUAGUGAUGGCGUCAUCACCAAACAAUACAGUGUCAAGUGUGAGUGGAAAGAGGAGCGAGAGAGAGGAGAACGACGGUGAGCGAGCCACUAGCUCUUUGGAGGAGGAUGACAUCGACGAUGGAGCAGGGAGGAAGAAACUGCAGCUGUCCAAGGAGCAAGUGGCGGUGCUUGAAGAAACAUUCAAGCAAUAUAAUACUCUCAGCCCGAAGCAAAGGUUGGCUUUGGCGAAAGAGUUGAAUCUGAGGCCUAGACAAGUGGAGGUGUGGUUUCAGAAUAGAAGGGCAAGGAUCAAAUUGAAGCAGACGAAGGUUGGUUGUGACUACUUGAGGCGGCGAUGUGAAAUUCUAACAGAGGAAAACAAGCGGUUGCAGAAGGAAGUGAACGACCUAAGAGCAUUGAAGCUCUCCCCACACUUUUACAUGAACAAGAACCCUCCGACCACCCUUACCGUGUGUCCUCAGUGCGAACAUGUGGCUGUCUUGUCUUCAUCAUCCUCAGCUACUCAACAACCUAAUCUGGAUGCGGCCCACCACCAACGCCCAAUGCCUAUGCCCGUAUCGAAGUUUCAAUCUUAAAAUAAGUGUAAAAUGGUAAUCGGUUCUCUCCGAUUUUGCCAUCUAAAACUAGGAUGAGGGGAUCUGAAAGUCUGCUUUAUAUGGAGAAAGACUUGUAAAGGAUGGUCUAGAUAGGUUGGUGCUUAUAGAUUGAUAGGGUUAUUUAAAGAGAACCCUAAUUCUCUUUUUUGUGUUUUUAUCAAUAGAAGAAUGGUUAUGUUAGGCAAAAGUUGGAUUUAAUGUUGGAGAUGGAGGUAACAUUGUUGAAACUUUUUGCUUGUUUAAUAGAAUAAUAACUUAUAAUAUAGUUAGUUUAGUAAGAGGCUUGUG